CGUUGACAACCACAAUAAAGGCUACAUGAAGAGUCUAGCCAUGGUUUCAAGUGACGGAAACGUUUUCUGGCCACCAAUCGUGCGCAUGCGGAGUUCCUGUAAAAUGGACAUCACUUUCUUCCCUUUUGACGACCAAUUGUGUGGAUUAGUCCUGGGAUCGUGGGCCUAUGAUGGCUUCCAGGUAGACGUGACUAACAGGUCAGACAACGUGGACUUGUCCAACUACGUAGACAACGGAGAGUGGGAGUUGCUGGGUACAAAGAUCAUCCGACGAGUCAAACAGUACACCUGCUGCCCGGAGCCCUAUGUGGACGUCACGUUUUACAUCAAGAUCAGAAGGCGAGUCCUGUACUACUUCCUCAACGUGAUCAUCCCCUGCAUGUUGUUAUCCAGCUUGUCGCUGACUGGGUUCCUGCUGCCUCCAGACUCCGGAGAGAAAGUCACCCUUGGACUCACAGUACUGUUAGCCUUCUCUGUCUUCAUGCUUCUGGUUGCUGAGAACAUGCCGCCGACGUCCGAGUACAUUCCUUUAAUAGGCAUUUACCUGACUGUGAUCAUGGCCAUGUCAGCUCUGUCUGUGGCACUGUCUGUCUUUGUUCUCAACUGUCAUCACAGAGGAACCAACCUGCACAGACCUCCUAAAGUUGUCAAGAUGUUGUCAUUAUUCGUUGCCCGGUGCUUUUGUGUGAGACUCACUUACUUGAACAGUAACUACAAUGCCAACAACAACAGCAGAUACCACUGGGCUGCCGACACUUCUGCCACACAGGCGUCCACUAACUGGCACUGCCACAGCAUGCCGCCUUAUUCUUUAAAAACUCGUAUUAAGCGAAACUCUACACCUUUAACCACUCAGACUACAUCCAUACCUCAAACUUCCAUUGGCCCUAAAUGUAACGGCUCAGUGGAUACAAAUGCUGCCCCACAAAGCAGCUCUGGCUUGAGACAGAGUAGAGAAAGCAAGCGCACCGCGAUGGAGUCUCAGAUUCUACACUACUUAAAAGCUGUUUUAGAAGCUUAUGACAAAGGUCAUGGAGAACGUAUAGCCAUUUUGGAAUGGCAGGAAGUGGCCAGAGUUUUGGAUAAACUAUUUUUCUGGCUGUUUGUUGUCAUUACCUCACUGACUACAGUCUUCCUGUUGUUACUCAGCCCUAUUGCCAAAGAUGUACAGUUUCCUCAAGAAUGA